ACCAAUUUUCUUUGAGUUGUAUUUUGGUGUUUGACCAGCAACCUUUUAGUUGUGAAAUAGUGGUCUGAAGUAGUUCGUCUUAAAAAACGAUUUUCUUCAGUCUUACUAUUAGGAGACUACUACCGUAAAUUUUAGGGAAAAUUUUCUUGCAAAGUUUUCGUUAAAGCAAUUCAAAGCAAAAAUGGCCGCUUUCGUAGAGCCGCAUUUUGAAGCCUGGCAGUCGGGUGGUGGCAACCUAACCGUUGUCGACAAAGUAGCACCAGAGAUCCUGCAUCUGGUGCACCCACACUGGAAUCAGUUCCCACCGAUGAACCCGCUAUGGCACUCGAUCCUCGGAUUCGCCAUCUUCGUACUGGGAAUGGUUUCGAUGCUCGGAAACGGUUGCGUGAUGUACAUCUUCACCAACACCAAAGCACUCCGCACCCCGUCCAAUUUACUGGUGGUCAAUUUGGCCUUCUCGGAUUUCUUCAUGAUGUUUACGAUGGGACCGCCGAUGGUUGUGAACUGCUACCAUGAGACCUGGUACUUCAGCGCAUUCGCCUGUGAGCUGUACGCUAUGUUUGGAUCUCUCUUCGGCUGCACAUCGAUCUGGACUAUGACUAUGAUUGCGUUCGACCGAUACAAUGUGAUCGUGAAAGGACUGUCGGCUAAGCCAAUGACCAACAACGGAGCUCUGUUGAGAAUCCUCGGAAUCUGGCUGUUCUCAUUGGUCUGGACUUUGGCUCCAAUGUUCGGAUGGAACCGAUAUGUCCCAGAAGGUAACAUGACCGCCUGCGGAACUGACUACCUGACCCGGGAUUGGCUAAGCCGCUCUUACAUUCUGGUCUAUGCCGUCUUCUGCUACUGGUUGCCUCUAUUCACCAUCAUCUACUCGUACUACUUCAUCCUGAAGGCCGUAUCCGCCCACGAGGCUCAGAUGCGAGAACAGGCAAAGAAGAUGAACGUCGCUUCCCUGCGAUCGUCCGAGGCCCAGCAGACCAGCGCUGAAAUUAAACUGGCCAAGGUUGCUCUGGUUACCAUCUCGCUGUGGUUCAUGGCAUGGACUCCAUACCUGGUCAUCAACUUCACCGGUGUCCUUGGCACUGCUAAGCUCAGCCCACUGGCCACCAUCUGGGGAUCACUGUUCGCCAAGGCCAACGCCGUCUACAAUCCAAUUGUUUACGGUAUCAGCCACCCGAAAUAUCGAGCAGCUCUGUACAAGACUUUCCCAUCGUUGUCCUGCCAGGAGGAUAACUCGUCUCACGCGAGUGCCGAUGCUCAAUCUACCACAUCUGGCGCCACCCAGGCUAGUGACGAAAAGGCCUAAGAUAUCGGCCCUUUCAGGAUGACGCAUUACAAACAAAGCCAGACAUGGUUUAAAAUAGUUAGAUAAUAAAGCAAAUUUUAAAGCAAGCAUCAAAGGAUAAA